UCUUCCUGUCAUCGGCACGCUAUACCCACGUCCACAACCACGGCUGUUACAUAAGUCGCCCUCCCAUGUCCUCAUAAUCGCCAUGUCCACACAAACAGACGUACUCGACAACAUCUUCCAGCGCCUGGCGUCAAGGUCAGAGGAGGUCCGCUCGCAGGCAGGAGAUGAUCUAUCGGAGCAUGUCACAGCGUAUACGGCAGAGUAUCCUGGCCAUGACGGCACCAAGGGCGUGUGGACGGAGGUCUUCCACAAGACAUUCGAAUUCACGAGGAGCAACAACCAGCUCGAGAGGCUCGGUGCCAUUAUGGCUAUUGCUCAACUGCUGUCUCUGACCAAGGAUGACACGCCUGACAGGGCACAGCAGAAGGUUCUGCGUCUAUACGAAUACCUUCGACCCUUGACCACAUGCGGCGAUUCCACUGUCAUGCUUCCAGCAGCAUCCGUAGUAGAAGACAUGGUCAGGCAAUCACCCACUCUUCAUACAGACACAUUCCUGGGCAAAGAGAUUGGCCAAGCGCUGGUCAUGAUCGAUGACACUCGGAAUGAGAUUUCCAGAUUCAGCGGAACCCUCCUCCUCUACUCCUUCGCCCGCAGCGCCCCCGCCGUAUUCUACCAGUACAUUCCCAAAAUCCUCGACAAGAUCUGGACGCCGCUCAGAGACUACCGCUCGGUCGUCCGCGAGCGAGCGUCCAUGCUCCUCUCCAUCUCCCUCGAGACUGUCAAAGCACGAGGUGACCGACCAUCCUCCGAUACCUACAGAAAGAUCUAUGAAGAGGCGAGAGUGGGAUUGCUCAAGGCGAGCUCGACGGAUGUGAUUCUCGGGUCGCUGCUGGCUUUCAACGCCAUGUUACAGAACCAGCACAUCUCGAUGGCAGAGUACUACCGCUCUAUCUGCGAGCUCACCUUCAAAUAUCGGGACUCGAAGGAGGUCGCUAUCAGGAAGGCUGUCAUUGCGCUCAUACCGAGUAUGGCGACGUACGACACGGAGGACUUUGAAGCGCAUUAUCUGUCCAAGAGUAUGAACUAUCUUCUGGGGGCGCUGCAGAGGCAAGCAGACAGAGAUAUCGCCUAUGUCGCUCUCGGCCACAUGACUCUCCACCUCGGUUCACGCGUAAAGCCCUUCAUCGAAGAGCUCAUGAAGACCAUCCGAGAACACCUCCGCAUGCGAGGCAAAAAGAACGCCCCAUACGAAGCACCAAUCUUUCAAUGCCUCGCCAUGUGCGCUACCUCUGUCGGGCCGAUGUUGACCCGGCAGAUGCACGAGGUGCUGGAUUUGAUGCUGCCGUGGGGGCUAUCUGAGCCGUUGUGUAAUGUGCUCGGCUCGUUUGCUUCGAAUAUUCCGCCGCUGUUGAGGACGAUCCAGGAGAGGUUGUUGGACAUGCUGUCGAUGAUUUUGACGGGACAGCCGUAUAGACCACUCGGUGCGCCGGCCCCUAGAGGAGGAAGGGACGUAAAUCUGCUCCAAACGUCUGCGGGAGGACAAUCCACCGACACGAUCAAGCUCGCACUUCACCUACUCGGCGCCUUCGACUUUUCGGGCCAUACGUUGAACGAGUUUGUCCGCGAUGCUGCUCUGCCGUAUCUGGAGCACGAUAGUUUGGACGUCAGGCGAGAAGCCAUCCAAGCGUCGACGCAGCUCUUCAUCAACGACCCCAUCUGCCAUCAAACGAGCAGCCACUCGGUAGAGAUUGUCAGCGAUGUGUUGGAGAAGCUGUUGACUGUAGCCAUCACCGAUCCCAACUCUUCUAUUCGCCGCACUGUCCUUGACAGCCUUGAUGAAAAGUUCGAUCGCCACCUUGCUCAGGCCGACGACAUUCGUUGCCUCUUUAUCGCUCUCAACGACGAAGUCUUUCAGAAUAGAGAAAGAGCAAUCUCCAUCAUCGGCCGUCUGGCUCACCACAACCCCGCCUACGUCAUGCCUCACCUCCGAAAAUCCCUCAUAAAUAUCGUCACCGAGCUGGAAUACUCUACCAACGCUCGACAAAAGGAAGAGAGCGCUAAACUCCUUUGCCUGUUGAUAGCCGCUGCGGCUGGUCUAGUCAAAUCAUAUGCCCCGACCAUCCUCUCUGUUCUUUUGCGUACUGCGUCAAAUCCCGAGUCGUCUGUCACCGUGCAGGCUGAAUGCCUCAAGUGUAUCGGCGAGCUAGCACGAGUGGCGGGUGAGGAGCUCGUACCCUCCGUCAAACAGAUCCUCGUGCUCGUCAUCGACAUGUUGAACGACCAAUCUUCCUCCGCUAAACGAGAUACUGCUCUCAAAACUCUCGGUCAAAUUGCCAGUAACGCUGGCGAAGUCAUACGGCCAUACGCAGACUAUCCUCAAUUGAUGGGCUUGCUCUUCAGGUUUUUGAGAAGCGAGUCGAAUCUGGAUGUCAGGCAAGAAACGAUCAGGACGAUUGGUAUGCUUGGUGCGCUCGAUCCUUUCAAGCACAAGACGUUACUGGGUGAUAUUGGAGACCCUAUCGAUGAAGGAACAACCUCGAGGGUCAACGAUAUUGUCUUGUUGAAUCAACACAAUUCGUCUGUGAACGACGAAUUCUUCCAAACCGUUGUCAUCCACUCUUUGGUGAAUGUCUUGCAUGAUCCGGCGUACAAGGAUCAUUAUCAAGCGGUGGAGGCCAUCAUGAUGAUCUUCAGGACGCAAGGGCUUAGAUGCGUCAACUUUUUGCCUCAGAUCGUACCUGCGUUCUUGAACGUCAUUCGCAUAGCGCACUCCUCUCGUACCGAGCUCUAUCUCAAACAGCUUGCUCAGUUCAUCAGCAUCGUCAAACAGCAUAUCCGCAACUACCUCAAUGAGAUCUUUGAACUCAUCCACGAGUUUUGGAACCCCAACUCGACACUGCAGAUUACUAUCAUCUCACUUGUCGAAGCUAUUGCGAAAGCUGUCGAGGGAGAGUUCAAGGCAUACUUGCCUAAGCUUUUGCAGCAGAUUCUCCGGUCCUUUGACGGGAACCUUUCCGCCAAACACCUCCCAGAGCUGAGGCUCAACACUCUCUUGCAGAUCCUGAAGGCAUUCUACGUUUUCGGGGAGAGUAUCGAGGACUAUCUACACCUUGUCCUCCCCGUCAUUGUGCGGUCCUUUGAGAACCCUGCUGCGCCUGAUUCGCUGCGAAUCGCUUCUCUUAGGACGACCGGUCAAUUAUGCCGAAAGGUCAACUUCUCAGACCAUGCCAGUCAAAUCAUUCACCCGUUGGUGAGGACCUUGGCGCAUAGUUCUGAGGAAGUGAGGCAGACGGCGAUGGAAACGCUUUCCGUCUUGGUAUUGCAGUUCGGACCGGAUUACGCCAUCUUCAUUCCUAUGGUGAACAAGGCACUGGUCGAGAACAGGAUCACGCACCCUGGCUAUGAUGCCCUCGUUACCAAACUCUUGAAUCGCGAACGUCUGCCGCCAGACCUUGGCCCCGUCGAACGCUACCUCAACGAUACCUCCGCCGAGCCCGUUGCCGCCGACCAGGUCCCUCUGAAGGUCAAUCAGCAGGCACUCAAGCUUGCUUGGGACUGCUCCCAUCUGCUUACGACGACCAGCAGGACGGAGUGGAUCUCGUGGAUCAUCGGCCUAGGACACGAGAUGAUGAGGGAAAGCCCUAGUCAAGCCAUCAGAGCGGCCAGAAGUUUGGCGCUGAGUAGUGUAGCCUUUACGAAAGAGCUCUUCAACGUAGCCUUCUAUUCCUGCUGGCAAGAGCUCUUCGAGAGUUAUCAGGAAGAUUUGUGGCACAACCUUGACCGGGCCAUCAAGAAAGAGGACGUCCCCGGAGAUGUUGUCAAUAUUAUUCUUGGCGCCACUCAGUUCCUUGAACAUGACGAGAAGGAGGUUGCCAUCGAGAGUCGAGUUUUGGGUAGCGUCGCUGCCAAUUAUCAAGCCCUCGCUGUUGCCCUUCAUUACAAGGAGCAAGAGUUCUUCAUCGACCCCAGCAAGGAGGUCAUCGAGGACUUGAUCGAUGUCAACCAGAAGUUGCAGCAGAGCGACGCUGCCUGGGGUACCCUCGAAUGGGCUCAGACUCACAUGGGUAUGACGACCGAGGUUGAGUGGUACGAGAAGCUCGGGCGAUGGGAAGAAGCCUUGCAAGUGUGGAAUCAACGCGACUCGGAUCCCACGAGCACAUUCACCGAAUGGGAGAUCACAGAAGGCAAGGUUACUUGUCUGCACGCUAUCGGCGAAUGGGAGCAGUUGUCCGAUUUCGUUCAAGCACGAUGGGCGAACAGGACAGCCGAAGAGAAAAAGCUGCUCUCGCCUUUGGCCGCUGCCGCCAGUUGGUCGUUGAAGCAAUGGGAUCUGAUGGACGAUUACAUCUCAGCUAUGAAGGGAGAUGGUGCGGAUAGAGCCUUCUUCAAAGCAAUUCUGGCAGUCCAUAGGAACCAAAUCCCUCACGCGCUCAGACAAAUUGCCAAGGCGCGCGAGAGGCUGGAUCCCGAAUUGACGACUUUGACUGGAGACAGCUAUGGUCGAGCGUAUGACACUGUUGUCCGGAUUCAGAUGCUCGCUGAGCUCGAAGAAAUCAUUGCGUACAAGGAUCAUGCCGAUGAGCCUGUCCGUCAAGAGAUGCAGCGUCAAACUUGGAAGAAGCGUCUCGACGGUUGUCAACGAGACGUCGAAGUCUGGCAGCGAAUCUUGCAGGUCCGCUCUUUGGUGCUCAAACCCAACGAGGAUAUGGACACCUGGAUCGAGUUCGCGGACCUCUGCAGAACGUCGGACCGUCUCAAUUUGGCCGAAAAGACUCUUGCAUCUCUUGUUGGAUUCUCUUAUCCUUCCAUGGAAGACACGCGAGGACGAGCACCGCCACCAAUCAUCUUUGCCUACCUGAAGAUGAUCUGGGCCAAGAAUUUGCAAUCCGGUAGCCGAGAGGAACGAUUCGAGACUCUUCAGCAUUUGCGCGAGUUUACGGAUCAGCUCACCGAAGACGUCGGUAUCGGGGCACGAGAUGAGAAUGGAAGCCUCAUGCUGCCGGACCAGAAGGCUUACGGGUCAUACACCAAACUGUUGGCGCAAUGUCACGUGGAGCUGGGGCAAUGGCAAGCGCAAGUACGUGAGAAUCAGGGAUCCAACGAUCCCACCGGUAUCCUACAAGAUUACUCUCUCGCUACUGAGCUCGAUCCGGAGUGGUACCAGGCCUGGCACACUUGGGCGUUGGCCAAUUUCCAAGUCAUCACCCAGCUCGAAGUGUCGCAGCAGGGUCUCUCGCCUGGCCAUUUCACCACUUACAUCAUUCCUGCCGUUGGAGGAUUCCUCAAAUCGAUUUCGCUCUCUCCCGGCAAUUCUUUGCAGGAUACGCUGCGAUUGUUGACCUUGUGGUUCACCUAUGGUUACUCGAGUGGCGUGACGGCUGCUGUAAUGCAGGGAUUGCCUACUGUCAAUGUGGAUGUAUGGCUGGAGGUCAUUCCCCAGAUCAUUGCUCGAAUCCAAACACCCCGACAGUCCAUCCAGCAGCUCAUCAUCCAGUUGUUGAAGGAUAUCGGCAAAGCCCAUCCCCAAGCCCUUAUCUACCCCCUCACCGUCGCCUCUAAAUCCAACGUCGCUGCUCGUCGCGCAGUCGCUCAGAACAUCACCCAGAAGAUGCGUGAACACUCUCAAGUGAUUGUCGACCAAGCAGAGCUUGUCAGUACGGAGCUUAUCCGAGCGGCGAUUCUGUGGCAUGAGAUGUGGUACGAUGGGUUGGAAGAGGCGUCAAAGCAUUACUUUGGCGAUCACGAUAUUCCGGGAAUGUUGGCGGUAUUGGAGCCUUUGCACGACAUUGUCGAAGCUGGUCCUCAAACGUUGCGCGAAACGUCAUUCAUCCAAUCAUUCGGCCAUGACCUCCGCAAUGCUCGCGAACAUCUGAAGCGCUACCGCAUGACUUCCGACAACAACGAGAUCCACCAAGCUUGGGAGCUUUAUUAUCAGGUCUUCCAGCGUCUCGGCAAGCAGCUCAAGCUUCUCAACGUUGUCGAGCUACAAUACGUCUCGCCGAAGCUCAUGGCUGUACGCGACUUGGACAUUGCGGUGCCCGGAACAUACCAAAGUGGCAAGCCCGUCAUCGGUAUCAAGAGCGUCAACCCCACGUUCAAGGUUAUCGCUUCCAAGCAGAAGCCAAGGCAGAUCAGUAUGCGUGGUAUGGACGGCAAGGAGUAUGCGUACUGUCUCAAAGGACACGAAGAUUUGCGUCAAGACGAGCGAGUCAUGCAGCUCUUCGGUUUGGUCAACACCUUACUCAACACCGACCAAGAAUGUGCCAAGCGACACCUCAGUAUCCAACGAUUCUCUGUCACACCAUUAUCGCCUAGUGCGGGUGUUCUUGGAUGGGUGCCUCACAGCGACACUGUACACGUACUCAUCAAGCAGUAUCGUGACCAGAGGAAGAUCCUGGUGGAUAUUGAGCACAAGCUCAUGCAGCAGAUGUCUGACGAAAGCUACGACUUCUUGCCCCUCUUGCACAAGGUCGAAAUCUUCCAAUACGCCUUGGACAACACGACCGGGCAAGACCUCUAUCGAAUCUUGUGGCUCAAGUCUCGUAAUUCUGACGUCUGGCUUGAGAGAAGGACAACGUAUACGCGAAGUCUUGCUCUCAAUUCCAUGGUCGGCUAUAUUCUUGGUCUGGGUGAUAGACAUCCCUCAAAUCUGCUGUUGGAUCAGGUCACGGGCAAGGUUGUCCAUAUUGACUUUGGUGACUGCUUUGAAAUUGCUCAACAACGAGACAAAUAUCCCGAACGCGUCCCCUUCCGUCUCACCCGAAUGCUCAUUCACGCCAUGGAGGUCUGCGGCAUCACCGGAAACUUUUCUCGAAGUUGUGAGGUCUCUAUGGAGGUCCUUCGAGACAACCGAGAGUCUCUCAUGGCAGUGUUGGAAGCCUUCGUGUACGACCCUCUUAUUGCCUGGCGUCUCACGGCGACUACAAGGCCUGGUGGAGCGAGCGAAGUGCAAGAUUUGGACGAUGCGGCGGCGUACGGAAAGCAAAGGAAGAACAAGGCGAAUGAGACUGAGAUUUUGAAUGAUGCUGAGGGAACCGAGGUUAAGAACGACAAGGGCUUACAGGUCAUCGAGCGAGUCAGAAGAAAGUUGACUGGAAGAGACUUCAAGCCCGACGUUGUUUUGGAUGUCAAGACGCAAGUGGAGAAGCUGGUGAUGGAAGCGACCAAGACGGAGAACCUUUGUGUUGCGUUCUUGGGUUGGUGUUCAUUCUGGUGAUCGGGGAUACGAAUCGGAUAUCGAUUAUGUGUCUGCGAAAGAAGGGAAAGAAGCAUGUGGACUUAAGAAGGCUCGCCGAGCCUAGUGUGGAAUAUAAAUCCUCUGUACUUUGUAGAAACUAAUAUGGCAUUUUCUCUCUUGAUCUAUAUCAAUUAUCUAUCGCGAGACAUCAGGACAGUCUGGGGACAAUGGACAGAUGCAGGGAGGGCCCCCACUUUCUG